AUGUCAGACUGUGAUGAGAACGACUUGGAUAUGCUCCUUGACACUCUGGAGGCUGAUCUAGACGGAAAUGCGGAUGUUGAUUUUAAUGACGAUGAAUCUUUUGUAACCUGCACUUCAACUCUGGACAGAACAAAUGCUCCUUCAGUCGAUGGGACAUUUUGUUCAGCUGUAUCAUCUCUAACGGACGAUUUAUCUUUUCGGACAGUCAAUGAAGACCUGAAUGACACUGUCGGAGAUCCAGGUACACCUGAAAAAGAAAUGGGCUCGCUAAUGGAACCAAAUGUACACGGAGGAGGACAUACCAAAAGAGCUUCGAAAAUAAUCCCUCUAGACUUUUUAUGUGAAACCAAAGCAACUGAAAAGCUUACGUCUGUUCUCUUCGGUUCAGAUUCUGAGGAUGACGACCUUAUUGAAAAAGAGAAUUUGAACGAAUCUGGAAAAUCUAUAAGCAAAUCUUUGAAAUCAAAAAGUAGAGAAGAGGAGUUAAGAAAACCUCUCCCUUGUCCAUCUGCCUAUAAAACACCAGUUGUUCACAAAUCUGUUUUAACGGGAUUAACUGAUCAAAACUCUGUUAGCACAAAAACGGUUGCAUUCGAUAAAUUUUUCAGUAUAAGAAUAAGAAAUCCCAAGAUUAGCUCAAUAGCGUUCGAAACGCUUACCGAAGGUUUGAAAAAAGUUAGAGCAUCUGAUGUUCGUCAUGGAAUGGCAGAUAGGUUUGUUACUAUCGGUGUGAUCAUAGACAAAUCAGAAGUGCGGAAAAGUGCAAACGGAAAAGAUUAUUUGAUGUGGAGAAUCCAUGAUUUGAAGGACUGUCAGACUCAAUCUUUAAGAGUUUUGCUGUUCGGUGAAUGCUGUAAAGAGUAUUGGAAGCUACAAGCUGGUACCUGCGUUGGUUUACUAAGUCCAGAAGUUGGUGAUCAGCGUGAUGUUAAAGAUAAGCAAGUAGCUGUCAGGGUUUUCAAAAGAGCGCAAGUAACAGAUUUAGGUUUUUGUCCCAGUUACGGCAUUUGUAAAAGCAUCAAAUCUGAUUCAAUAAGGUGUUCUAACUUUGUAAAUUUGGAUACUUCGGAGUUCUGUAUUUAUCACGUAGUGAGCCAAGUAAGGUCUCUGUCUUCUAAAAGAGGUACAUUUAAUAACAUAAGCGGCGCUCCAACACGAAGAGUACAAAAUGCACCAACUCCAAACGGUCUUAUGCUCAAUAAAAUGUCGCAACAACAAGUUCCUGGCUCAAAGCCCCGUCUUGGCUCUGAUAGUAUGAAACCAUCUUCAACUUAUACUCCUAUGGCUUCUACCGCGAAAGUAAUAAACAAAGCAGAAGAAAAAGAAACGUUGAAUAACUUGAUGUCCACAAGAUCGCAUUUGAUGGGAGCAAGGAACUUGAUAAAGCUGUCUCAAGUUAAAGAUGUCAAGCCGGUGGUUGCUGUUCGACACUCAUCGAUGGCUGACUUCAUGAAAGACAGAAUGAGAGCUGAAGUUGAUUCUCCGCGACUUGGUCAAGGUUACUCAAGAGGAUCUAUUAUGUUAACAGGGAAUAGUAGACGUACCUCAGUGGAUCAUGAAGCUGCGCGGAAAAGAGCAAUUGAAUUGUACAAAAGAAGUAAAGAAAAAAAAACUGACGACACUAACAAAGCAAGUACGCAAGGAAUAAAACGAAGCGCAACAGACGACCCAAGCACUCCAUCGAAGAAAAGUAAAAUAGGAUCUGCCAGUAAAGAAGAUAUCGAGAAAAUACUUAAGCAUAAGUUCUUGUCUGACAAGUCUGCUGAUAGGGAAGAAAACAGUUUGUUGGAAAGUCAUCUGGAUAAGUUGGAGAAAAAAGAAAAGGUAGAAAAUCAGAUAACAUCAUGUAUGUCUUUGAAAAACGUUAAAGUGUUCACUUGUAAAAAGUGUAACUAUACAGCUCAGAAAAGAAGUGAGUUGUGCUUAAGGAGUGGGCACGCUGUUGUGGAACAUCUGCAAGAAAAACGUUUUUUCAAAUGUAAAGUUUGUAACCGUCGAGAAAUUGCUUACGGCUUCCUACCAAGCAAAGCAUGCCAGAAUUGUAAUAAUAACGACUGGGAAAGAGUUGCACUAAGGGACGAGAGGAAAGUCACAUUGGAAAACGAAAAUCUGCGAGUUCGUGGCGAAGAACAAAAAUUUAUUAACCGAUGA